GUUUUCAUUCCCUACCCACAUUUGGAAGGAGCUCACUAUGACAGGGCAGAGUCUGAGGGCUUUAUCUGAACCGAAUUUUGAAGACAAUGAGAUCAGCAUCAACGUUGGAGGCUUUAAGAAAAAGAUGAGAUCCAACACAUUAUUAAGGUUCCCCGAGACCAGGCUGGGCAAAUUGCUGAGCUGCCACUCAAAGGAGUCGAUACUGGAGCUUUGUGAUGACUAUGAUGACACCAAGAAUGAAUUUUAUUUUGAUAGGAACCCCGAGCUCUUUCCUUACGUGCUACAUUUUUAUAACACUGGCAAGCUCCAUGUGAUGGGCGAACUCUGUGUGUUUUCUUUCAGUCAGGAGAUUGAAUACUGGGGAAUCAAUGAAUUCUUUAUAGACUCCUGCUGCAGUUAUAGCUAUCAUGGGAGGAAAAUGGAGCCAGACCAAGAGAAAUGGGAGGAACAAAGUGACCAGGAAAGUACGACAUCUUCUUUUGAUGAGAUUUUGGCAUUCUACAAUGAUGCCUCUAAAUUUGACAAACAGCCCUUUGGAAACAUCAGGAGGCAGCUCUGGCUUGCUUUGGAUAAUCCUGGGUACUCAGUUUUAAGCCGCAUCUUCAGUGUCCUUUCAAUAGUGGUGGUGCUGGGCUCCAUUGUGACCAUGUGCCUGAACAGCCUCCCAGACUUCCAGAUUGUUGACAGCAACGGGAACCCCGAGGAAGACCCUCGCUUUGAAAUCGUGGAACAUUUUGGUAUUGCAUGGUUCACUUUUGAACUGGUGGCAAGAUUUGCAGUAGCUCCUGACUUUUUAAAAUUUUUCAAGCAUGCCCUGAAUUUGAUUGACCUAAUGUCUAUCCUUCCAUUUUAUAUUACAUUAAUUGUCAACUUGGUGGUGGAAAGUAGUCCGACUUUAGCAAAUUUAGGCAGAGUUGCACAGGUCCUGAGACUCAUGAGGAUCUUCCGCAUAUUAAAGCUUGCUAGACACUCCACAGGUCUCAGGUCUCUCGGAGCCACCCUGAAGUACAGCUACAGAGAGGUGGGGCUUCUUUUACUCUACCUCUCUGUUGGCAUCUCCAUUUUCUCAGUAGUGGCUUACACCAUUGAGAAAGAAGAUAAUGAGGGGUUAGCCACCAUCCCUGCUUGUUGGUGGUGGGCUACUGUUAGCAUGACCACAGUUGGCUACGGGGAUGUGGUGCCAGGGAGCACUGCUGGCAAGUUGACGGCAUCUGCAUGCAUCCUAGCUGGUAUCCUAGUGGUAGUGCUUCCCAUUACACUGAUCUUUAAUAAAUUCUCCCACUUCUAUAGGCGUCAGAAGCAGUUAGAAAGUGCCAUGAGAAGCUGCGAUUUUGGUGAUGGCAUGAAAGAAGUUCCAUCUGUCAAUUUAAGGGACUACUAUGCUUAUAAAGUUAAAUCCCUUAUGGCUAGUCUGACCAAUAUGAGCAGGAGUACCCCCAGUGAGCUGAGCCUGAAUGAUUCACUGCAUUAGUGUACAAGUCUGACAGCAGUUUGCAUGAGAACUAUCAAGAGCUAUGU